AUGCAAGAACUCUAUGACAUUUCAGACAUAUCCAAUUUAUUAAAAGAAACAAAUAACAAAUCUUUUGAUAUAAUAGCACAAAAAAAUAAAUAUACAUUAUACAAUUUUCCUUCUUCAUCUAAUUUACAACAAAAAACAGUUACUUAUACAUCAAAUGGUAUUAAAGAUUUAGUACCAGAUGACGGUUAUGAUGGAAUAUCACAAGCUAAAAUUAACAUUGUUGUACCACAACAAACAUUACAAGAAAAAACAGUUACUUACACAACAAGAGGAACACAAACACUAAUACCAGAUACAAAUUAUGAUGGAAUAUCUAAAGCAACGAUUAAUAUAAAUGUACCAGAACCAGUAUUCAAUGAAAUAAUAGCAAAUAUAUUAGACAAUGGAACAUAUGAAUACACUCCAAAUCCUUCAACUGACGGAAUUUCAAAAGUAACAGUAAACGUAAAUGUUUUACAAUAUUUUAUUGACAAACUAAAUUGUUAUUAUUUAAAUGUUUCACACAUACAAAAUUUAAGAGAAUUAUCAACAAUUAUUGUUUAUGGACCAACAGCAGAAGCCGAUAUCAGUUGGACAAAUAGAUGGGGAAGAUUUAUAGGAUAUUCAGACACUGCUUCAAUAACAUUAUCUUCAUCAUGGCCAUUUUUAAUAAUGUGGAAAGGAUCAGACAAUGAAGCAUACAUUCAAUUGCAACGUUCAACAUCAAUUCCAAUACGUAACGGAGUACUUACAUGGGUUCAUGUAUUAGAAGAAGACACUUCAACAGUUAUAUUACGUUGUAUGGACUCAACAAAAAAUGACAGAGCUUUAUUCGUUUCAUAUGUAGAAGAAUUUUCAGAACCAAGAGAUUUCAUAGAUUUAUACUUCUUCUAUCACACAAUAUUUAAUUAA